AUGAAGUCUGUUGCAGAGCCCGAAGAUAUCAAUCAACUCCAGUCGAAAGCAAAGAUUAAGCCAAGAGUUUUCGAAGGAAAGAAAGGGUUACAAUCUGGCAAGAAAGUUUCAUGUAAAUUUUGUGGCUACAAACACGUGCCAGACAAAAAGAAAUGCCCGGCAUGGGAAAAAACUUCUAAUCGAUGCAAAGAAAGAAACCAUUUUGCUAAGAAAUGCAAGAAAACCUCAGUUUACAGUAUCGAGAGCGAAGACAAGUACGAGGAAAUCAGCAUGGUCAAAGUCCAAGCAGUGCGAGAAAAGGCUGUGUUCGCGAAAAUGCACAUCAAUAACAAAGCUAUAAAGUUUCAGAUCGACUGUGGUGCAAGUGCUAAUAUAUUACCGCUCAAGUUUGCCAAAGAUGUUGAGCUUACUCCGUGUACCAAGACACUCGUGAUGUGGAAUGGCACAAAGGUCAAACCCUUGGGAUCUUGUACCCUACCGGUGAUUAACCCAAAGAAUGACGUAAAGUAUCAAGUCAAAUUUCUGGUCGUCGAAGGGAAUUGGACACCGUUAUUGGGUUUGAAUGCGGUAGAGAAGAUGAAAUUGCUAACAGUUCACAGCAAAAACUUUGUCAAUGUCGUGGAGAAAUGUGACAAUGAUCCCGUAAACAAGUAUCCAGAUGUCUUUGAUGAAAAUCUUGGGACACUGCCCGGGCAAGGUUCAUCUGCAAGUAGAUGCCACUUGCAAACCUGUGGUGUUACCUGCGAGGAAAAUACCCGUGGCUGUUAG